AUGAAGAAUUCUACAAAUCAGAAACUUCAGCAGCAAUCUGAUGAGGCGGAAGCGGAGUUGGAGAACAUACUGUCGGCGGAAAUCGAGAAUUUGGAUGAAGUUAUGAUAGAGGAGAAAGAGCUGCAACAACAACUGCAUGUUUGUUCUCAAGAAUGUAGUGAAGCUGUGGUUGAAUUAUCGAAAUUAGAUAAGGAAAAUGAUAAAGUUAUGGAUAAAGAGCGGAUACUUGAUGAGAAAAUUAUAAUCUUGAAGACAGAGUUGGAGAAUUUGACAGCACUUGAGAGAGAUGAUCCUGAAAUAAUCUUGUUGGAAUAUAAAAGUAUUCGUGAAAACUUACAGACAAAGAUGAAUCAAGAAGUGAGCGCUUUGCAAGACGAAGUAAAACGAGUACAAACAGAAUUGAAUUGUGGGGAAAAUGAACAUGCUUCCUUAAUGAUGUUUCUCGAUGAUAAACAACACGAUUGGUCGAAGGAAAUUGAAGAUGCUAUUGCUACAGGGAGACAUUUGGAUGAAAUGAUAACUGUAGAAAGAAGGACAUCUGCUGCUCUUCGCAACAAGAAGAUGGAGGUUGAUAUCGAAUGCAACCGAUUAGAAAUGGAAACCAAUGCUUUUCGUGAAAACAGUAACGCAGAAAUAAUACAGUAUGAAACUGAAAUUAAUGACCUUCAGGAAUAUUUGGAGAAACUAAUUGCCGAGGAAAAACAGGAAAAACAACGUUAUGAAAUGAUUCGCAGUCGUGCAGCAUUAAUUACUCACCCUGCAAAACAUGCAUAUUUACGAGAUGCUUAUAAUCCAAACACUUCUGACUUUGGCGAGCCAUCAUCGGAUGAUUUUAACCAAGCUGCGGUUUCAAAACUUCAGUGGCUUACUACAACUGACAGUGUGACAAACGCAUUGUUUGAUAAAGCAAACUUUGAAAGUGGAAUGUUGCGUACUACCAGGAAAUUUGGUGAUGAACGUGCUGCGGAUUCGGAGGUAACGGGGAAAGUUCCAAGUGACAUCCACAUUAGUCAAGUGGAUAAGACUGAUUCAAAUGCUGUUGAAGUAGUUAAAGCGGAUGCAAACUUAGGAGACUAUUACCCGCUGCCACCGUCCGCCUUCGGAAGCCCGUUGUCAACAAAUGACUCACCAGAUGUUACGACAGAUUGCGAAAUUAGCGGUUCUGAACUUGACCAAAGUGUAUGGUCAGAUUUCUCAUCAGUUGUAAAAUAG